AACCUUUCUGAGAUUAUGAAAUUUAACUUCUUUACACGGAGUUUCUAAGUCCAAUUUCCGCUGCUUGGAAUAAAGAACAGAGGAUAUAAUAUAAGGGUUUUUGAUUCUGUGUCUCACUUGAGGAGGAGGAAACUUGGCAUUCAAGUGGGAAUCACAGCUAACCUUGUUCCUUUCAAUGAUCUUCUUGAGGAGUUUAAUGUUUGUGGGACCUAAAACAACCACCUUGCACGGAUUUAAUUGCAAGCUCACUAGCUCCACUAUCAAGUUGUCAGUUGAAGCAGCUCAGGAAUUUUUGCUUUUCGAUCUUCUUACUUAGCUCCCAAUUGAGCACACUUCCUAAGCAAGCAGUUGGAGUCUUUUACUUCAACAUUUUUUGUUCAAAUUCCAGAUGUUACUUUCCAGGAAACAAUCGACUGCCUUUUGUUUCUAGGAGUUGGAAUCACUACAGAGUUCCUAAAGGGUGCUAACAAGGUUUGUCUUUCGAGUUGUACUUCAAAGCUAAUCAACUCUAGUUGUAGGUUCUGAAUCAAAUAAUUGGAAAAAUGCCCGAGGAAAAUGGUUUCAAUGGAGAUACACGCGCUGAGCAGUCCAUUGCGACAACACCACAUUCACUGGAAAUGGAGAAAGAGGAAACCCCAGAAAAGCCAAACAGCUUACAAGAGGGACAAUCGCAAAAGAAAGAGGAAGGCGCUAAAACUAUUCCAUUCCACAAGCUCUUCUCCUUUGCCGACUACAUUGACUACAUAUUAAUGCUCCUGGGGACAGUAACUGCUAUUGGAAGUGGGAUUUGCUUGCCCCUAGUGGCUGUGCUAUUAGGAGAGCUAAUUGAUUCCUUUGGACAGAGUGACUCCAAACAAGUUGUCCAUCAAGUUUCCAAGGUUUCUCUUAAGUAUGUCUACUUGGCCCUGGGAGCUGGUCUUGCAGCAUUUUCUCAGGUCGUCUGCUGGAUGGUUACCGGGGAAAGACAGGCUGCACGCAUCAGAUGUAUAUACUUGCGAGCCAUAUUGAGACAAGAUAUUGGAUUUUUUGACAAGGAAACUAGUACAGGAGAAAUUGUUGGGAGGAUGUCAGACGAUGCCUUCCUGAUUCAGGAUGCCAUGGGUGAGAAGGUUGGGAAGUUUAUACAGUUGGCGGCUGCAUUCUUUGGAGGCUUUGCAAUUGCUCUUAUCAAAGGGUGGCUUCUCACCAUGGUCAUGCUCUGUUCAAUCCCACUUCUAAUCAUCUCUGCCGCCAUCCUGACCGUUUUAAUAGCAAAGCUAACGUCUCGUGGACAGAGUGCUUAUUCUGUAGCUGGAACUGUAGUUGAACAGACAAUUAGCUCAAUUAGAACCGUUGCAUCAUUUACGGGGGAAGGGCAAGCUAUAGAAAGAUACGACAAGGCUCUUCUUAAAGCUUACAGAGCUGGUGUACAAUCUGGUCUGGCAGCCGGCUUGGGCUCGGGUGUAUUUAUGUUUCUCAUAUUCUGCAGCUAUGCCUUGGCAGUAUGGUAUAGUGCUAAAAUGAUUAUACACAAGGGUUACACAGGAGGACAAGUGAUAAAUGUAGUUUCUGCUGUGUUGACUGGUUCAUUCUCGUUUGGGCAGGCAUCGCCCUGCCUCAAUGCAUUUGCUUCUGGACGAGCUGCAGCUGUCAAAAUGUUUGAGAUCAUUAAUAGGAAGCCAAAGAUUGAUUCCUAUGACAACGAUGGGCUGAAACUGGAAAAUAUCUAUGGUGAUAUCGAGUUAAAGGAUGUGUACUUUAGUUACCCAUCAAGACCAGAUGAGCCCAUUUUCAGUGGAUUCUGCCUCUGUAUACCGCCGGGAACAACUGCAGCUUUGGUUGGACAAAGUGGAAGCGGAAAAUCAACAGUAAUCAGCUUGAUAGAAAGGUUUUAUGACCCUCAAGCCGGUGAAGUUCUAAUAGAUGGCGUCAAUAUUAAAGAGUUCCAGCUUCGCUGGAUCAGAGAGAGAAUUGGUCUUGUUAGCCAAGAGCCUGCACUGUUUGCUUCAAGCAUUAGAGACAAUAUAUCAUAUGGGAAGGAAGGGGCAAGCAUACAAGAAAUUAAAGCUGCUGCAGAGCUUGCCAAUGCUGCCAAGUUCAUAGAGAAACUGCCCAAGGGACUGGAUACGAUGGUUGGUGAACAUGGAAGCCAACUAUCCGGUGGCCAGAAGCAAAGGCUUGCAAUAGCUAGAGCAGUACUGAAGAACCCCAGGAUUCUGCUUCUUGAUGAAGCAACAAGUGCUCUCGAUGCAGAAUCUGAAAGGACCGUGCAAGAGGCACUGGACAAGGUCAUGAUCAACCGAACUACCAUACUUGUAGCCCAUCGAUUAGUUACAGUGAAGAAUGCAGACGUGAUCGCUGUGAUUCAUCAAGGAAAAGUUGUCGAGAAAGGUUCCCACUUGGAGCUAGUACAGGAUCCGGAAGGAGCAUAUUCCAAGCUUAUUCACCUUCAAGAACUUAGCAACCAGUCAGAACCUAAAACUGCAGAUGACCAGGACAGACUAGAUAUAGGUGUUGAUUCUGGAAGACAUUCAGGUCAAGGAAUGUCCAUCUUAAGAUCUGUUAGUCGAUGCUCACCUGGAAUUGGCAACAGUAGCCAUAGCUCGUCCUCAGUUUCUUCUGGUGUACCUACUGCAAUCAAUGUCCCGGAGAAAGAAACUGCAGAACUAAGAACUAGAGCUUCAGCAGCCCCACUUUGCCGCUUAGCAUAUCUGAACAAGCCAGAGAUUCCAGUUCUGCUACUUGGUUCAAUAGCUGCAGUGGCAAGUGGUCUAGUUAUGCCAAUUUUUAGUGUACUUAUGGCCAACAUGAUUAAAAUCUUCUAUGAGCCGGCUCACAAGCUCCAAAAGGAUUCCAAAUUCUGGGCAUUGAUGUUUGUUGUUCUUGGUGUGGCUAAUUUAUUGGCAACACCAGCAAGAACAUACUUUUUCAGCGUGGCAGGAUGCAGGUUGAUAAGGAGGCUGCGAUUAAUGUGCUUCGAGAAAGUGGUUCACAUGGAGAUAAGCUGGUUUGAUGAAGCAGAGCACUCCAGCGGCACAAUUGGUGCACGGCUUUCCGCAGAUGCUACUAUGGUGAGAGGUCUGGUUGGGGACACACUUGCUCUGGCUGUUCAGAAUGCUGCAACAGCAAUUGCCGGGUUGUUUGUCGCUUUCCAGGCAAACUGGCAAUUGUCUCUUAUCAUCCUCUUCAUGGUACCGCUAAUAGGACUCCAAGGAUACGCUCAUAUGAAGUUCGUCAGUGGAUUCAGUGCAGAUGCAAAGAAAUUAUACGAAGAAGCAAGUCAGAUCGCUAGUGAUGCAGUAGGAAGCAUUAGAACAGUUGCAUCUUUCUGUGCAGAAGAGAAGGUGAUGAAGCUAUACCAGAUGAAAUGCGAGGGCCCGAUCAAGGCAGGAAUAAAGCAAGGCCUAAUUAGCGGGAUGGCUUUCGGAUUGACCUUGCUCUUCCUCUACCUAGUCCAUGCAACCAGUUUCUAUGCCGGAGCUCGACUUAUGGAGGCUGGCAAGAUGGACUUCCCUCAAGUUUUUCAGGUUUUCUUCGGUCUCAGUAUGUCAGCCAUUGGCAUCUCUCAAUCGGGAGCCCUAGCUCCCGAUUCCAGCAAAGCCAACAGCGCUGCAGUCUCUAUAUUUAAGAUUCUAGACCAGAAAUCCAAGAUAGACUCCAGCGAUGAACAUGGAACAACAAUGGAAAACGUCAAGGGAGAUAUUGAGUUUCGGCACGUGAGUUUCAAGUAUCCCGCCCGACCUGACGUUCAAAUUCUCCGGGAUCUUUGCCUGACCAUUCGCUCCGGCAAGACGGUGGCUUUGGUCGGCGAAAGCGGAAGCGGGAAAUCAACAGUAAUAGCUCUGCUGCAAAGAUUUUACGAUCCUUAUUCGGGCGAGAUUACACUGGAUGGAGUUGGAAUCCAGAGGCUAAAGUUGAAAUGGCUGAGACAGCAGAUGGGGCUGGUAAGCCAGGAGCCUGUCCUGUUCAACGAAACCAUCCAAUCCAAUAUCGCCUACGGAAAGGCCAGCAGCGCGACAGAGGCAGAAAUCAUCUCAGCAGCACAAUUGGCAAACGCUCACAAUUUCAUCAGCAGCUUACAGCAGGGAUACGAGACAAUGGUUGGGGAGCGAGGGAUGCAGUUAUCCGGCGGGCAGAAGCAGCGCGUGGCCAUUGCGCGAGCCCUAGUGAAGUCGCCAAGAGUGUUGCUGCUAGACGAAGCCACCAGUGCUCUUGAUGCCGAAUCCGAGAAGGUGGUUCAAGAGGCGUUGGAUCGAGCAAUGGUGGAUAGAACCACGGUGGUAGUGGCUCACCGGCUGUCGACAAUCAAGAACGUGGAUUUCAUUGCUGUGCUUAAAAACGGAGCCAUUGCAGAGGCGGGAAGACAUGAUACUUUGAUCAACGUCAGGGAUGGAAUCUAUGCCUCUUUGGUGGCCCUGCACACCAGUGCUCCAUCCUAAGAUUGUAACCCUUUUGAAUAUGAGUCCCCCCAUAAGCAUGAGCUUCCACGUCCCACUUUUAGGUGGGAACCUUGGUCUCGCAAAUGGUAUCAAAGCCAAUCAAAGAUCACUAUCAUGCAAAUAUGAAUUCGAAUCAUGUCAGUGUUUUGAGAUUAAUUAUGGAAUUUCUAUUCUUUGUUUAAGAACUGGAACAGAACAGCUUACUAAAACACAAAAUAUAUGAGCUGCAUGCUACUCACUGAUUAGGAAGUGGCAA